CGUGGUUUGGCCUACUUGUCGUUCCAGCAACCAAUUCAAAUGGAGCAAAUGGAAGCGAUUUCAAUUCAACUCAUAUGUAAGUUUUCAAUGAGUAAUUUUUUUGUUCAAACCGUUCACGAAAUUGAAUGCGGCAAAACGUUUUUUUUUUCAUCAUUCAGAAUGAGAAAAUGACAAAUAACUUAAUGAAGAUGCAACAAGCUGUUUUUAUCAUUUGUUUGUGUGCUGCCAUAACUCUGGUUCCUGCUAAAUUAAUCCCAGGUGAUGGAUCGAAAUUUCAAGUAAACGGAUUGUUCCCGAUUAAUGCUGAUGGCAACAUCAACUAUCAGUCAGGAGUAAUGAUGGCAGAAGCGAUGCGUUAUGCUGUUCAAAAAAUCAAUCAAAACUCUUCCUUACUUCCUGGCUAUAAGUUGGAAAUUGUCCAGAUGUAUGACGUGCUGAAAGAAGAGCCUGUAAGGAAAAAGGUUCUGCAAACAUUUAUACGUAGAGUACCAUUCUUGAUCGGUCCACAUACGUCCGAGUUGUCAUAUGUCACCAGAUUUCUCACGUCGACCUUCAAGAUCAUUGCAUUCAGCUAUGGAGCCACCUUCAGCGAUUUUGAUAAAUUCGGAUUUAAAAAGGAGACGAUGGUAAGAACAGUCCCCUCCGAUGUUUUCCGCAUUAGAGCAGCACUUGAUUUGAUGCAAAAUAUGGAAUGGAGGUACAUUUCCGUGGUCAGUUCGUACGGAUACAAUGGGGAGAGAGAUGCUCUGCAUUUCAUUGCAAACUUAUCCAGCAUCGAUGCUUGCAUUUCUGAUCAAAUUGACUUACCAAGAACGCCGACAAUGGAAGAUUACACCGAAGCCGUAAAAAUACUGAAAAGCGACGAUAAGAUUAAUGCUGCUGUUUUCUUCACGACGAAGAAAGACUUCAAAAACGUCAUCUCAGCGAUGAAUGACUUCAACGUGACGGAUAAGAUAUACGUCCUCUGCAUGUAUGGUUGCACAAACUACAUCGAGGUUGUGAAAGGCAUCGAGCACAUUUCAACAAACGUUCUCAGUCUUGACUUGCACUGUCCUGAAAUACCAGGUUUUAAAAAUUAUUUUCUAAAUUUGAAACCGAAGUCGUCACAUGGAAGCCACUUCUUGAAGUUCUGGCAGUCGGUUUUCGACUGUUCCUUUAAUCCAAAUUCUACCCGUAAAUGUACAGGAAAAGAACAACUUUCAGAAGGAAAAGGUUAUUAUCCUUUGACUCCCGUUCAUACAGUUAUCAAUGCUGUGGAUGUUCUUGCGGGAGCUUUGACACAAUUAAUUUACCGUGUUUGUCAGAGUGGGUAUGAUUGGAUGAAGAAUAAAACAGCGUGUGUGAUUAAUCCAGAAGAAAGGGCUCUCUAUAAUAUGAGAACUUUAAAAACUAUUCAAAAGCGCUUCUUAUUUCCAGAUGGGACCACGAAAAUGGGAAAUUUAAAUCAAGACAAAGUCCAAUACGAUGUGCACAAGCUGCAGUACCAGGCUGGCAAGUAUGUACACACUCCCAUUGCAUCAUGGGUUACCGACAGAACGAGCAGGGGUUCUCUAACUAUACAUAAAACCUGGUAUUCAAGUGAAAGGUUCCACAAGCCUGAUGUGUUCUGCAGCGAACCAUGUAAACCCGGACACAUUAGAGAUAGAGAUAGUAACCCUGCGAAGCAACUUUGUUGCUGGAGAUGUGUUGCUUGUCCACCUAACAACAUUGUUUUAGAUGACACCUGCUUCCAAUGCGCAAUAACUGAAAUGGCUGAUAUAAAAGAGAACAACUGCAAUGCUUUGCCUAUAAAAAUACCGAAUUUACAAAAUAAAAAUGUUUUACCUGUUAUUUUUACCUUGGUAUCUCUGGCUGGCAUGAUCUGUGUCCUCGUAGUGGUCGUGUUUUUCAUUAAGUACAACAAGAUCAGGCUGGUUCGUGCAUCAGGAAGAGAUUUAAGCUACAUGAUCUUGUGUGGUAUUUUUCUAAUCUUCACCUGUCCUUUGUUGUUUCUGCGUAUACCAACGAUCACGACAUGUGUAUUUCGAAAUGCUAUCCCAGGAAUUGCCUUCCUGGCAUGCUACGCACCGCUAUUUUUAAAGACCAAUCGAAUCUAUCGAAUAUUUUGCCAUGCUAAAAUUUCAGUUAAAAGGCCAUCGCUUGUCAGCUCUCGAUCACUUCUCUUGUUGGCCUUUGGUAUCGUCACUGUGCAAAUACUCCUAGUGGGAGUUUGGUUCAUUUCCAAAGUUCCAUCACCAGUUGCCAAAGUAUCGAAAGACAGCAUGUAUAUCACAUUUCAUUGCAAGGGAGAUUCGAGUCCAAUUCUCCUCCUGUUGAAUGUUGCCUUGAGUGUCUUCUUCAUGAUAUCGUGUACUGUCCUCGCCUUCAAGACAAGGCACUUCCCGAAAUAUUACAAUGAAGCGAAAUUCAUUGGCAUCACAUUGUACAUAACAUGCGUAGCUUGGUCAAUAUUUCUGCCAGCAUACUUCUUGAUUCCAGAAUCUGAUUUCGUGAGGGAAUACUUUAUGAGUGCCAUUUGUGUGAUAAUCGGAUACAUAACCUUGUUUGGUUUGUUCGGCCACAAGAUAAGAUUGCUUAUUUACCAAGAUAAAUUGACGAACGAAAAUGGCAACUUUCCGACAUGGUAUCUUAGCUACAGCAGUGACUGUAAGGAUAAUGCUGAUGGAAUGAUUGCACACCCCGAGCACAAUGCGAACUCUGACGAGACUAUCGCUUAAACUUUGUGCGAUAAACAUUAUAUCUUUUUGGAUACGAACACGCAGUUUGUAGAUCGCAUAAUAAUGUAAAAGGCUAAAAAUUAUGUAAAACACGACACGGUAAAAAAUGCAGACAAUUAUGACGAACAAGCCUCGAGUGAAAGUUUGUUGAGAGCUUAAGGACUAUGUUUUUAGCUGAAGCUAAAGAAAGGACGAAUGGCGCGUUACAUGAACUUCUGCUGAAAACAAACAAACAAACAAAGAAGCGAAAAAAAAUUUAAACAUGUAAUAUUUGUAAUGUAUAUAAUUUUUAAUUUUUAUUGUUGCACAAAUUAGCUUCAUACAUUUUUGCGUUUUGUAGCUAUAUAGAUACAAAUUUAUGGUUUAUUUUCGCUUUAUUCAUUUUUCUUCGCAGGGAGUUUAAUGCGUUGGGUUUUCAGUAACUACGAGGAAAAUUUUGAAUUAAAAAAACCCACAUUUGAAAACUGGAAAUUUUUAGUGCAGUAAGCAUGUAUAUAAAGAUAUUUAUUCGCAUGUCUGCUUACUUCUUGUAUUUUGCGAAUUCACAUAGACACAAAAUAUUGUUUAAAGGAGAAAAUGUGUCUAUAUAGCUAUUUAACAACUUUUAUUUCUGCGACAGAGAAAGGAAAUUCAAAAAGGAUAGGCUUGUUAAUUAAGAUUCGUCUUUACAGAGGGUUUUUAAACUGAAUUUUUUAUCAAACAAAAAACUUAAAAACACGAAACAGUAAAAACAAUAUUUGAUUGUCCCUAUUUUACUUGUACAUAAUUUGUAGAUAAUAAUUUACUUCUCUUGUUUAAUACGGAAUAUCGUAACUCUAAAGAAAAAUGGAUGUUUU